UAUGAGAUAGCAGCUUCACGGGACGAAUUUAAAGUCAUAGGUGGAUAACAAAUGUAAAGGAAAAGAUACACAAUAAUAGCAAACGUCGAAUGCUAACGUACGCUGUAUGGAUGAGUGAAUGUAACCAAGGAUGGAAAAGGAAGCGCACAACAUCGUCAUCUUCAAUGUUUCGAAGAGAGAGCUGUUUACUACGAAUAGUGGCUACAAAUCCAUGCAGAAAAGACUAAGAGCUCAAUGGAAAAUCCAAAGUAUGAAGGAAGAGCUGUCUUUGGAGAAGCUGAGGGGCGUCAAGUUGUGGAUAACCGCAGGACCAAGGGAGAAGUUCACAGCUUCAGAGCUGGAGGUGCUGAAGCAGUACCUGGACGGAGGGGGAAAUGUCCUGGUCAUGCUCGGUGAAGGAGGAGAAAUGAAGUACGACACCAAUAUCAACUUUCUCCUGGAGGAGUAUGGCGUAAUGGUCAACAGUGAUGCUGUUGUGAGGAACGUGUAUUACAAAUACUUCCAUCCAAAGGAGGCACUGGUGUCCAAUGGUGUAUUGAACAGAGAGAUUAGUCGGGCCGCUGGCAAAGUGGUGACAGGCAUCAUCGAAGAUGAAAAUGUUGGAAACAAUGCACAGGCUCUCACAUUUGUGUACCCAUACGGCGCCACACUGAGCGUGAUGAAGCCUGCUGUGGCUGUUCUUUCAACUGGCUCCGUCUGCUUCCCCCUCAACAGGCCGGUCCUGGCCUUCCACCAAGGAAAGGAGGCAGGCAAACUGGUAGUGUUGGGUUCCUGCCACAUGUUCAGUGACCAAUACAUAGACAAAGAGGAAAACAGUAAAAUCAUGGAUGUUGUGCUCCAGUGGCUCAUGGCUGAUAAUAUCCAGCUGAAUCAGAUCGAUGCAGAAGACCCAGAGAUCACAGAUUACACCAUGUUGCCAGACAUAGGGUGUUUGUCAGAACAGCUCAGAGUAUGCUUACAGGAGGGCGACGAAAACCCCAGGGACUUCACCUCGCUCUUUGACAUGUCUUUGUUCAAUUUGUCAACCGACACUUUACCCCAAGUCAUCAGUGCCUACAAGCAGCUAAACGUCAAAGACGAGCCACUUCAGCUGAUUACACCACAGUUUGAGACGCCUCUGCCUCAGCUCCAACCUGCUGUUUUUCCACCUGCCUUAAGCGAUUUGCCUCCUCCCAUGCUGGACCUGUACGAUCUAGAUGAAACAUUCUCUUCGGAGGAAGUGCGCCUAGCACAACUCACCAAUAAAUGUACGGACGACGAUCUUGAAUUCUACGUGCGGAAAUGUGGUGAAAUUCUGGGGGUGACGCCAAAGUUGGAUAAAGAUCAGAGGGAUGCCAAGCACAUCUUGGAACACAUUUUGUUCCAGGUGGUAGAGUUCAAGAAACUCAAUCAAGAGCGAGACACCGACACAGAGGCACCAUUCACUCCUUUGUGAUUGGAUUCAAGAUUUUCAUCUCUGCUGCCGUCAUCCUAUAACAUGACCAAGCAGAUGUGACUAUUCUUUCCUCGGAGGUAAAAGACUAUUAAAGCAUCAACAUGGUACUGUUGUGUGUUUAGAAACUAUAAAUAUUUAUUUUUUAUACAUCUUUCUAUUGUAUUGUAUUUCACAUGAAAAAAAAAAAAAUUA